AUGCCUGAGGCGCCAACAAAGCUCGUCCAGCCCGAGUCGUCCGAAGGACGUCUGCUACUCGUAUCAAAUCGCCUGCCCAUCACCAUCAAGCGCUCCGAUGAGGGCAAGUAUGACAUGUCCAUGUCCUCAGGUGGACUUGUCAGUGGAUUGAGCGGACUGUCCAAGACGACGACAUUCCAGUGGUAUGGCUGGCCGGGUCUGGAGGUGCCUGAAGACGAGGCCCAGAGCCUGAACGACCAACUCAAGGAGAAGUACAACGCGAUCAUGUGGCCGCUUUUCCACUACCACCCCGGUGAGAUCACUUUUGACGAAUCCGCUUGGGACGCUUAUACAGAAGCCAAUCGCCUGUUCGCAAAGGCGGUUGCGAAAGAUGUACAAGACAAUGACAUGGUUUGGGUACACGACUACCACCUGAUGCUCAUGCCAGCUAUGCUGCGUGAGGAGCUCGGCAACACCAAGAAGAAUGUCAAGAUUGGCUUCUUCCUGCACACACCCUUCCCCAGUUCCGAGAUUUACCGUAUCCUCCCUGUCCGUAACGAGAUUCUGCUGGGUGUACUCCACUGCGAUCUCAUCGGCUUCCACACAUAUGACUAUGCUCGCCACUUCCUGAGCAGUUGCUCGCGUAUUCUCGGCCUCGCCACAACACCCAACGGAGUUGAAUUCCAAACCAAGGUCGUCACCGUCGGCGCUUUUCCCAUUGGUAUCGACCCCGAGAAGUUCGAUGAGGGCCUCCAGAAGCCCAAGGUACAAGAGCGGAUAGCGGCGCUCGAGAAAAAGUUUCAGGGUGUCAAGCUCAUCGUCGGUGUGGACCGUCUUGACUACAUCAAGGGUGUUCCCCAGAAGCUACACGCUCUCGAGGUCUUCCUCACCGAACACCCCGAGUGGAUCGGCAAGGUUGUACUUGUCCAAGUCGCCGUUCCCUCCCGCCAAGAUGUCGAAGAAUAUCAAAACCUGCGCGCCGUGGUCAACGAGCUUGUCGGUCGCAUCAAUGGCAAAUUCGGCACCAUUGAAUUUAUGCCCAUCCAUUUCAUGCACAAGUCCGUUUCUUUCGACGAACUCAUUGCCCUCUACGCCGUUUCUGACGUCUGUCUCGUCUCAUCGACGCGUGACGGUAUGAACCUGGUGUCCUACGAGUACAUUGCUACCCAGGAGAAGCGACACGGUGUCAUGAUUUUGUCAGAAUUCACUGGCGCUGCACAGAGUCUCAACGGCAGUCUCAUCGUCAACCCCUGGAACACUGAGGAGUUGGCAGAUGCCAUCCACGACGCAGUCACAAUGGGCGACGAGCAAAGGAGCCUAAACUACCAGAAGCUCUCCAAAUACGUCAGGAAAUAUACAAGUGCCUGGUGGGGCGAGUCGUUUGUCACCGAGCUUAGAAGGAUCUCGGAGAUGCCAGACCGCAAAGUGCACUUUGCCAACGUCACCGUUGCGGGUGUUGAUGACUCAGCAAAGACAGAUGGAGAGAAGGCUUCUGAAGAACCCGCUUCCACUACUCAGGCCUAAACGAAACACGCUCAGUGUGCCAAUGCCACAAAGGCUACGACCUCAGGUCAUCACCCUUGUUUACGAUGAAUGAAAUGGCAUGUGGGGGAAACACGGCGUGACGGAAGGCAGUUCGAAUUGCAUAGUGAUGGAAGGUUCCUGUUUACUCAGUACCCCUCAGUUACUAGAUCCUUUACCUAGAUGCUAGAGUGAGAUGCCUCACUAGAGCAACGAGGAUAUACCCCUAUAGACGACAAUGAAGGUUCUUCUCCGAA